UGCAGCAGUAACUGUUACAAGUAUCAUAGGUGCAUAGAUCCGGAUCAUGGUAAAAUGAAGCAAUCCGCUUCUCUACUUGGGCUAAUGAAAGUUCUAGGUCUAGCUGCUUUUCAACAAGGCUUACAAACUUCUGGUGAUUUUCAAAAAUACUAUGUGUAUUUAUCAGGAUCUAAGGCUGUCACUAUUAAUGACUUUGAUCCUCUGCUGAAAACGACAAAUCAAGAACUUCUGAUCAGCAUUGGAAAAUCAAUGGUUUUAGGGAAGUUGUUACGCCAAACACUUGAAAACGCAUUGAAGUCUUGGCAAAUAAAAACAAUUGAAACUUUACUCAAGGUGCUAAAUCAUAUUCCGUUCGAGAUUGAUGUCCUCGUCAGAAACUCCUUGGGCUUCCUUGUCAAGGAUGUCAAAAGGGAAGCAAUUUCAAAAGAGGCACCAACUCUGGUUGAAAUAACUAAUUUCUUGAUUGACAAAUGGAAAGAACAACAAAAAAGAAACUCACUUAAUGCUAACGGGAAGCGUGACAGCAGUACAAUUCAAACUUGCUAUUCAAAAAGAGCCCCAGCUAGACCAAAGGCUAUAGAGGAUACAAGUUUCUUCUCAAAUUUGAGAGAAACUAAAAAGUAUCCUCUUAAUGCUCGUCCUGUAUAUCAUGUUGAUAAAAUUCUUGACGAUAUGACUAAAUCUGAAAAAGCCAAUGUUAGUAAAAAAACAAUGACUAACACAACGAUACCUACUUCUUCCUCUUCAUUUACUAUCGGUCAGAAAAGAGCUGCAGCAGAGGAUUUCACCCCUAAAGUGGUAGAUCCAAACAGAAAAAGAGUUCGAUUCAAAGACAAUUUAGUAGAGAUCAGAGAAUACGAAAGAAAUCCUGAAGAAUGGACUAGCUUUGAAACAACAGAGGAAAAUGAUACGACAUAUAACCCAGAAUUAGCCAUCGUUGAUGGGAUUCGCAUGUAUAAGGCUCCUCCCUCGCAAAUUGCUUGGUAUACACCCUAUACACUUGUUUUUGAUACAGAUAGCAAUCCAAAUCUGGUCAUUCCAAAACCCGUUCACAGUUCAGAAGCUAUGGCACAGGAACGAAGAGAAAAGCUUGCUUUAGCAGCUACUUAUAUUAGCCUUCAACAUAUUCCUCCUUCGCCUACUGAACCUGAUGAGAUUCCAAACCCUAAUGAAGAUGGUACUGUCACAAUUAUUCCUUUAACAGAUACGGAUGUGUCUACAGUUUCGACUGUUACUAUACCAUCUCCUCCUUCAAAUGUCAAUCCAAGCUUAUUGACUCCUGCUAAUUUAACUGUUGCUGCUGCUAUUGCUGCUGCUAUGAAGGAGUCUCAACUUCAGCAACCUCAACCUCAACAAGUAUAUACUUCAAGUGUUCCCUCUUCUUCAAUCCCAACCACAACUAAUUAUUAUCCUUCUGUGUAUACUCCACCUCCACCUCUACCUCCGCAACAAACUACUGCUACUGUUGCCCCUGUCGUGCCCAAAAACCCUCAACCUGAAAUUACGAAUCAAGCAGUUGAAAACAUGUUAAAGAAUACCCCUGGGAUUAUGCAACAACUAAAGCAAUUGUCUUUUUUGGCUAACAGUGGUACCUUUGCUGCUGUCAAUAACCAGCCACAAACAAAUAGCCAACCACAAAUGACAUAUCAGCCACAAUAUCAACAACAACAACAACAACAACAGUAUCAAGCACAGUAUCAACUGCAACCUCAACAACCAAGCUGGAGUCGAGCCAAUGAAGCGUAUACAAACAAUCAACUUAAUGGCCGUAACAAAAAGCCAAGGCGCAUGAACAAGAAAAACAAUGGUCCUGCUGGUAAUGGUCGCCCUGCCUGUAAUUUCUAUAAUACUCCUGAGGGCUGCCGUAAUGGUGACAAUUGUCCAUUUGCUCACUAAGAGGUUUAUUUAUUAUUGUUUGUACUUUUAUGAAUACAUGCGCACAUUAUCAAAUUUCUUCUUGUGUGGCAUUUUGCUAAUUAAAGAAAU